UAUCCAAUACUAGAACAACAAUUUUAUAUCCAUUACAAUCACAAUAUAUCAAACACUAACCUCAACUAAUCCAAACUCUAAAACAAACAAUUUUGUUCUACUAUUAUAUUUUUCAUUUUUCAUUUUUCAUUUUGGAUUUGCAGAGAAAUCAUCAUGGCCGGAGUAGCUGCCGUUGAAUCUGGCGGUGGUGGCCAUCAGGAUUUACCUGCCAAGCUUACCAAGCAAGUUAUUCUUUGUACUAUAAUUGCAGCUUUUGGUGGUCUCAUGUUUGGAUAUGAUAUCGGAAUCUCCGGAGGAGUAACAUCAAUGGAUAGUUUCUUGAAGAAGUUUUUUCCUAGUGUUUAUGUGAAGAAACAUCUAGCGAAAACAGAUAAUUACUGCAAAUACAAUAAUCAAUGGCUUCAGCUUUUUACAUCUUCUCUUUAUAUUGCAGCCGUUAUAGCUAGUGGUGUUGCUUCUAUAGUUAACAAGAAAUUUGGUCGGAAACCGACCAUGCAGAUCGCUUCUGUCCUCUUUCUCAUCGGAGCUAUACUCAAUGCUUCUGCUCAGAAUCUUGAAAUGUUGAUCAUUGGAAGAAUGUUCCUUGGAGCUGGAGUUGGUUUUGGUAACCAGGCAGUUCCGUUGUUCAUAUCAGAAAUUGCGCCUGCGAAAAACAGAGGAGGGCUUAACAUUUGUUUCCAGUUCCUAUGCACAAUAGGCAUUCUGAUUGCUAAUAUCAUUAAUUAUUUCACGGCUAAGCACCCAUACGGGUGGAGAAUAUCGUUAGGCGGCGCUGCAGGACCAGCUCUAAUUCUCUUUUUCGGAUCAAUGGUAAUUGUAGAGACACCUACAAGCCUUAUAGAGCGAGGAAAACUCGAAGAAGGAUUGUCUACUCUGAAGAAAAUCAGAGGUGUUGAUGAUGUCGAUAAAGAGUAUGAAGAAAUUUGCAAUGCUGUGGAUUUUGCUAAGCAAAUAAAAGACCCUUUUAAGAACCUGAUUAGUCGGUAUAAUAGGCCUCAGCUCAUUUGCGGUUCGGUUCUUCAAUUCUUCCAGCAAGUCACAGGCAUCACUGCUGUAAUGUUCUAUGCCCCUGUCCUGUUUAUGACAAUGGGAGUUAAAGAUAAUGCAUCGCUGUUGUCUGCCGUUAUGGCUAAUACUGUUAAACCAAUAUGUACUUUUGUCGCUGUUUUCUUUGUCGAUAGAUACGGAAGAAAAGCUCUGCUAGUUGAAGGCGCUGUCCAUAUGCUCAUCUUUCAGUGUGCAAUUGGAGGAAUUCUUGCAGCAUUCUUACAUAGCACAAAUGCGGUGCCAAAAGUGUAUUGUAUUGCUGUGAUCUUGUUUAUAUGCUGCUUCUUGAUGGGAUUUGCAUGGUCAUGGGGUCCGUUAUGCUGGUUAAUUCCGAGCGAAAUAUUCCCAUUAGAGACUCGAACUAGUGCUUUGUUCGUUACUGUUAGCAUUAACAUGUUGUCUACGUUCCUAAUUGCUCAAACAUUUCUCACCAUGUUAUGCCAUCUCCGAUCCGGAAUUUUCUUCUUCUUUGCUGCCUGGCUUGCUAUCAUGUGCUUAUUUACAAUAUUUUUCCUGCCGGAGACAAAAGGAAUCCGAAUCGACGAAAUGAUCGAUAUGGUGUGGAUGAAACACUGGUUUUGGAAGAGAUACUACACAGACUAUCAUGUCUCCAAGGGGCAGAAAAAUUCAAUUCAAUAAGAAUUGCAUUUUAUUUUUCCGAAGAAGUACCCCAGGGCUCGAACUCGAGAGCUAAUACGGAUCGUUGUGACUUGUUUUGUUAUAAUUUAAUUUAUUUCUAUUUCCAAUGAUCAAUUGUAGCUUAGAGUUUCAAUAUAUCACUUUGAUCUGUUUUCUUUGUACUAGACUUAUUGAUAAACAACAUUCUAUCAAA